UACAAUAAGACAUAAAUAAAACGUGAAGUAUAACGUGAGAUUAGGUCAAAAAGAUAGAUUUAGACAUUACAUUAAAUUACAGAUGCUGUAUUUAGAAAAUGUCCUCUCAGGAUGGAUAUGUGUGUGUGUGUGUGUGUGUGUGUGUGUGUGUGUGUGUGUAUUCUGAUGAUGUGUGUCUCUUCCUGUCUCCAGAACCUUUCUGAUCACAUCAGAUCACAGUUUGAUUUAAAGUCAGCUUCUUCAUCACUCUGAAGAGGAGAUCUCAACUCUUCAGGAGGACCAGGAGACCUGGAGAUGGCUGCAAACCUGAGAAGAAGAGGGAGCAGAGAAUUACCUCCUGAUCUCUCUGAAUUAAUGAACAAACCUGAAAAAUAUGCAGCUUCAUUCAUCAAACAGUUUGAUAGCAGUGAACACAGGAUGAGAGAGAUUGUUAGAGAGUUUAGGGAGAUCGCAGCCAAAGUCAGAAAGAUGCAGGAGAGAACAGAUAAAGUCAGAAGAACAGCUCUUGGUAUGCCAUUGGGCUUACUUGCAGGCGGAGCAGCAGUAGCAGCAGCAGGAACAGAAGCAGCAGGAGCAGCAGCACCAGUAAUAGCAACAGUAGGAACAAUAGGAGUAGGAAUAGCAGCAGGAUCAGCCAUUUUAGUUGCUGGUGCAAAUGUAACAAAAUGGAUAUCAGAGAGUGGAAGUGUACAUAAAGUAAAACAGCUGUGGAAAGACUUCAUGGAGAUUAUUGAACCGCUGAAGAAUGACCUGGAAGAAAUAAAGACGACAUGUAAGAAGUUGGAGCAAAGAUCAGCUGAAGAAACAGUUCAACUUCAGGCUGAAAAGACUCUGACAGACAUGGAGAAGUUUCAGACUCUUACAGUAGUGUCUAUCCUAGGAAGAGGUGAGGGAGUAAUGUCUGCUAUGUGGAAUGUCUUCACACUCACAGCGUCCCCUGAAGAGGACAGAAAGUUGACAGACUCCAUCAUCCAAUCAGCUGAUUGCUGUCAGGAAGUCAUCGAUGACUUGAAGACGAUGAAGGAAGAACUCAAAGACUUCACAGAACAGUGAACACUUCCACUGCUUCGCUGAUGAUGUCCAGAUCUACAUCUCUACCAAAUCCAUCACCACGGCUACAUCCUCCACCCUGACCAACUGCCUCAUCAAUAUUUAAACCUAUCUAUCUAACCCAACUUCCUCCAACUCAACUACAAUAAAUCUGACUUGAUGCUCAUCGGCCCGAAAUCCCUCACAAAGAACAGCCAUAACUUUGUCACAUUGUCAACCUCUCCACCCUGUCUCCAUCCCCACACAUCCAUUACUGGGAGUCAUCUUCGACAGAAACCUCACUUUUGAAAACCACAUCAACCAAAUAACCAGAACUGCCUUCUUUCACAUAACUCCCGUCCUUCAGAACCUCCACUGGCUCCCUGUUUCCCAACGCAUCCAGUUUAAAGUCCUCCUCCUCGCCCACAAAGCCCUCCAUAACCAGGCUCCGUCCUAUCUCACAGACCUGCUCCUCUGCCACAACCCCCCACACCCGUAACUUCUGCUCCUGUGACGCAAACCUCCUCUCCCCACCACUCAGGACCGAGCGCCAUACUUGGGGUGACAGAGCUUUCACCAUUGCAUCCCCCUCCCUCUGGAGCUCUCUACCCAUACACAUCUACAGCCCCCUCCCUCUAGUCCUCUCUACCCAUACACAUCUACAGCCCCUCCCUCUAGAACUCUCUACCCAUACACACCUACAGCCCCUCCCUCUAGAACUCUCUACCCAUACACACCUACAGCCCCCUCCCUCUAGAACUCUCUACCCAUACACACCUACAGCCCCUCCCUCUAGAACUCUCUACCCAUACACACCUACAGCCCCUCCCUCUAGAACUCCCUACCCAUACACACCUACAGCCCCCUCCCUCUAGUCCUCUCUACCCAUACACAUCUACAGCCCCUCCCUCUAGAACUCUCUACCCAUACACAUCUACAGCCCCCUCCCUCUAGAACUCCCUACCCAUACACAUCUACAGCCCCUCCCUCUAGAACUCUCUACCCAUACACAUCUACAGCCCCUCCCUCUAGAACUCUCUACCCAUACACAUCUACAGCCCCCUCCCUCUAGAACUCUCUACCCAUACACACCUACAGCCCCUCCCUCUAGAACUCCCUACCCAUACACACCUACAGCCCCUCCCUCUAGAACUCUCUACCCAUACACAUCUACAGCCCCUCCCUCUAAAACUCUCUACCCAUACACAUCUACAGCCCCUCCCUCUAGAACUCUCUACCCAUACACAUCUACAGCCCCCUCCCUCUAGUCCUCUCUACCCAUACACACCUACAGCCCCUCCCUCUAGAACUCUCUACCCAUACACACCUGUGACUGUACUGACCUGGACACUCAUCAUAAGUCACCUGUUCAGAUUAGCUGUCUACAUCCAAUAGUCUGACAUUUCUCACCUGAGAGUUACUGCUUUUAUUAUUUUUAAUUGCUUCUAAAAAGCUUGUUUUAUGUGUUGGUUUUAUUGCUUAUCUGUUUUAAAAAAAAAGUUUGUUUUUAGUGUAAAGUGUCUUUGAGUACCAUGAAAAGCGCCACAUAAAUAAAAUGUAUUAUUAUGAUUAUUAGAUGAUCCUCUGAUCCUGUUUAUCUGAAGAAACUCCUCCGUGUUAUUAAUAUGAUAUUAACUUUCUGUGAACAUGCUGCUGCUUAUAAUUCUGUCUGAAACAUGAUUAUUUUUCUGUCAGAUCCAGAGCAGAGAAAACCAGUCUGAUGAUCUCUGAAACAUAAAGUGAUGCCAACUGAGAAUAGAUGAGCCGUGUAGUAACGUAGCAGCUCCACCAGA